CAGUCUUACCGUAAGUAUUUACUGUCACAACGAAGCUUGGAGCGGAAAAAAUACGAACCUGCCGUGUCUUCUGCGUCGUGGACAUCUUUUUGACGACUACUGCUCCCUCCAGCAGCGCGAAAUACGUGGUAUCGUUUGCUACAUCGAACAACCCCUUGUAAACAACGCCUACAUGUCCUUAUUUCGAAUCAACACCCUUCCACGUCGUGUUCAUUCUGUGGCUCCGCUGAUGAAACUGCGUCUCAUUUUUUCUUCAGUUGUUCUCACAAUGCCGCGCUAUGGACAAUGACUCU